GUUCACUUCCUGCUUUGCGGCGUGAAAAUCAAUAAACUGCAGUAGAAGAUGUGAAGUAGGAAGAAAGGACAAAACAGAGGAGUGUCAGCAAAGCAGUGUUUGGAAGGUACUAUGCUUAAGACCAUGGAUUAAGACUCCAAGAAAAACAAAUCAACAGGUGGAGUUUAUGUGUUUCCAUCAUAGCUAAACUCAAGAUAACAUUCCCACCCUCAGUUUUCAUCCGAACAUCUCCCCCAAAAGUGGACUGAACAUGGUGCAUGUGUACAACUGCCAUCCGUUUGCCUCCCAGCAGAUUGUACAGGUGGAGCAGGAGCCUGGACUGGUCUGCUGUGGAGGUGGAGCUCUGUUUGUGGUGGCGACAGGAGGAUGCAAGGUGGAGGCAUACAGUCUGGACCAGGAGGGCUGUCCUCUCAUCUGUCGCUUUGCCACCAUGGGCACUGUGAAGAGCAUCCGCCACAGCAAAAUAGGCGAUUAUUUGGUGACAAUUGAGGAGAAGAACUCUGCCACCUACCUGAGAGCCUACACUAACUGGCGAUACCAGGCUGAGGAGAAAGCCCGUGUUGGGGUGCGUUUGCUGGGCCACCUGCUGCGUGGGGCGUCCCUGCGGGGUGGAGUCCAGACGGAGAUCAUUGAAAUCCCUUUGUCCGAGCGUCCUGUCACUGUAGCCUGUUGCUCUGUAACUGGGGACCUUCUAGUCGCCUGCGAGAACACUCUGGUUCUGUUCACGUUGAGGAGACAGAACCAGCAGAACAUGAGUCAGAAUCAGCAGAACCUUCCACUGCCAAACACUCAGCAGAGUUCCAGUCAGACUCAAGGGCAAACGUCAAGUUCAAACCAGAAUUUUUCCAUCUUGGACUUUGAACGCUCCAUCAUCCUGCAUGUUCCAGGAAUUAAACCUAAACAGGUGGCACUGUGUGCAGAAUAUGUAGCAGUGCAGGCAGAGCUGGAGGUGCUGGUGCUGAAACUAGAGUCCUCCUUCGAACCCAAAGAGGCAGAAGAAUGUUUAGACACACAAAAAUAUGAUGAUGUUGAAGACCAGUCUGACUUUCUUUUCCUCCCGAGAAACCAAGAGUUACUUGGUGAUCGAGCGAAAAACUGCGACAUCUCUGUCAGCAUUGAAAAGACUGGACUGGAGGACAGAGGUCAAUACACACUGUCCUAUGUUCUCUUCAGGCGCUUUAGUCCAGAUUUCUCCCAGGGCUGCAGUGUGGAGGACACUCAGCUCCACUCGUUACAGCUCCACCCGCUGUUCAUCAGUAAUCAGUCUCAUGAAGAACCGGCUUGUGUCUUCUGCUUCUUCUCCCUCCCCAACGCUGGCUUCCUCUACAGUCUGAAAGGAGGAGUCGAGCUGCUUUCUGCGUAUCAGUACCCAGAGAAGGUCCUGGAGGCAGUGUUAACAAACCACCUGCUGCAUGUUAUAACCAAGAGUGCAGUGCAGUGUUUUACCGUCCGCUGUGCGGCUGUAGCAGCUCGGAUUGAAGACCCCUACAUUGAUACCACCAUGAAGGCGUGUCCUCACAGCACCCUGGAGGUGUGUGCACUCAGGAUGCAGCUGUUUAUUGGCCUGCGAUCUGUGUGUGUCUACGGCCGCCACGUCAUUCUGCUCUCUGCAGCUGAUACAGAGACACAAGAGGAAACUGAACGCAUCACACAGCGCAGAAGCCUCGAGUUGAAAGAUCACACCAUGCUGACUGGUAUUUUCCUGGCGGUGGGAAUUGAUCCCACAACCACACCGGCUCUGGACAGCCUUCUGUCACGCCCCUUUCUAACCAGGAAGUGGACGAUGUCUUCCCCCAAAGAGACCAGCACAGCAGGACAUGGAUGGAACCUCUAUGUGGUCGACACAGUCUCCCCUAUCACCCUCUACAACGAAAUGGUUGAAUACAGCCAACGCUAUGCAGAGACCAACCCGCAGUCCCAGAGCCUUCAACACCUGCUCGGUGAAGCGCAUCUUCUCCUCAGAGCCUCUUUACUUCAGACAGAACCAGAGAACAUGGAGGGGGGGUUUGUGCAGACAGACACACAGAGAUCUGCUACGACAGACAGACAAGAACUGGAGGAGGCAUUCAGGGAAAACUGUGCACAGCUGGGAGACUGUUUCAGCAGGGGCAGUCCAAAGGACUGCCACCUGGCUUUACCAUAUUACAGGAUGUCUGGUCUGUCCAUCACCGAGGUCAUGGCAAGGAACCGCCCUCUUCCCAGCAGCCCACACUGCUACGGCCCUGGUUUCCUGUUUUUCCUGAAGCAUUACCUGUUAGAGGAAACCGAGCAGAGCCUCAGCCAGGAAGCAGCUGAUGAGAUGAUAGACAUUUUCAGCCAAUCAGAACCCUCCCAGCUUAUCAGUGUCUGUGCGAGCCCCUCCAUGAUUCACCUCAGUCCAGACCGAACUCUGCAAAUCUUAAAACAUCUGGAGGACACCACAGGGGUUUCGGUUCCUCUGACUAUCACCAUGGCAACCAUGGCACUGCGUGUGGACGACAUGCUGCAGUACACUCAGCUGAUGGACCGACAUGCUGAGAUGCUGCUGGUUUACGGGUUCAUUGAGGAGUCAAGGCUGUUGCUUCAUGGUGGAGGUGGGGGCCAGCACACACACAUCCGGCCCACAGCGUUGGCCCGCCAGCUGGCUCGCUCUCAGCCGGGGCUGCUGGUCGCCGCCAUGGUGGCUCUCCACGAGAACAACAAAGUUCAGCUGGAACAGGCCGAUUGUUUAUUCAAGGAGCUCGGCUGUGAGAACUGCCUGCAGGUGGAUUUCUGGGAGGCGAUGCUCAUGGCCUCAUCACAGGAGGCCGUCAUCCAGGAGAUCCUCUUCAGAGUGGCUUUGGUUUAUAUCGACCGGCUGACGAACUCAGAAACGCAUCCUAAACCUUCACACACACCUCCAGCCAGGAGAUCACUGAAGAGCGCUGAGGAUUUGAUCAACUCCUGCUCCCAUUAUGGUGCUUUAUACCCCUGGCUCACUGUUCUCUGUCCAGUUCACAUGUCCAGUGCCCAACACCAGGAUGCCCUACACAAACUGCAAUCUCUGCUGUGUGGUCCGUCUCUGUCUGUGGGUUCUGUGGUUCCGCUGUUGGAGCGUCUGUCAGAUGAAACCUUAUGGGGCUUCAGUCUGCACCUGCUCUGUGCCACCAGAAGGGAGCAGUACGGUAGCAGCAUCGAAAAGCUGUUGGACCGAUGCCCUCAGGCCAUCAUCGCCUACGCCAAUCACCAGCUACAAGACAAAAACAUGGCUUUGUGGUGGCAGAAGCUUCUCCCAGAACUUUGUAAUCGGACGAGAGCGGCGAUGGACAACAGCAUCCUGUUGGCUGCACUCAAAGAAACUCUGGUAGUGGUUGCCAUGGAGAUGAGCCCCGCAGAGUUUCUGGAACUGAUCCCUGACGAUGGCACGGCUGCAUACUUCGUGCCUCACCUGUUGGCAUGUAGUCAGAGACACUUGAUGACCUGAUACAGUCCAUACACAGAGAAGGACCCACCUGUACCAAGACAGUGAACCACAACAUACUGUAUUUCCAGCUUUUAUGUUACAUUACUGUUUUUCAUUUUUCUGCUGUGAUUUGUGCUGCUGUUUGAAAUAUUUAAUACAUUUUUUCUUAUUAUAGAGAGUGUUAAAUACAGCCUGUUUAGCUACUAACUGAAUUUAUUUUGUAUUUAUUUCUCUACAACAAUAAGAGAACCCUAUUUUAUUGCCUAAAGCAACAUAAUGUGAUUUUUUUUUUGCACUUUUUCCAUUUCCAGAGUUGUAUUCCAUAUAGUUUUUACUUAUUUUAUGUAGAAGACUAUGAGGAAUAAACAGUUAUAAGUUUUAUUCAACUUACUGUUUAAAACAAACCUGAAGUUGUAUGUGGUGACUGUCAGUUUCAUCAGGAAGUGAAUUUUUUAGCAGAUGCAAAUUAGCUUUUAUGAUGCCUGAGAUUUUUAUCCAAGAUCUUUUUUUUUUUUUUUUUUAAACAGGAAACAAAUAUGGUCCUCCUUAUAAACCUAUCAUUUAAUUCUCACAGAAAACUUCCUUCUUCCUUUCAAGCUACACUAUAAGAAACUCCUCCUUGCAAGAAAAAUGCUGAAACUGUGACAUGUGUUCUUAUUGUUGUUAUUGGCUGAGUGUUUUUACUGUUUAAGUUACGGAAAAAGCUGCUGAUAGUUGAUUAUUUUUUCCAACCAGCAGAAAGAUCUUGUGUCAUCGUUGCCUGAUAUAUUGAAUGAUGAAUGUGUUAAAGCUGCAGUAUGUAGGAUUGUGGCCAAAACUGGUACUGCAAUCACAUUCAAAAUACUGUAGAACAGGGGUGGGCAAUUAAGUUUCCAAUGGGGCCACAUGAGAAACUUUGACAGUUGUUAAGGGCCGGAUCAAUACACUUGCAGCUCUCCUAAGUAUCUCUCUGUAUCUAUAUAUGUACUGUAAUCUAUAUAAAAUACAAAAACAGUAAAUGCAACAACACAAUAAUAA